AAAUAAUAAGACAAAAUAAAGUUUUUAAUUAGGGUUUGCGCCUUAGGAGUUUCAUCAAAAGAUCUGAUUUAAUAAACGUUUAAGUAUUCUCUCGAACCUUCUAUUAUCUCAUAACUUGUCUUCUACGCUUUGAUUCUACAAUAGUUAAUUAAGAUGCAUGCAUCAAAACUGGGUAAAGUUCUGAUCUCUAAUGGUAAAACGGCAAGGAGUGUUCCACUAUGUAGGACAUUCGUUUCAGCGUCACCGAGGCCCUUACAGGGAAAAGAAGAGGCAGAGCAAUGCCAAAAGGUGAAAGAAGCAGCAGAGGCAGUGAAAGAAGGAGCCAAGCAAGUGAAGGAAACCACUGAGUACAUCCAAGAUGUCGCUUCCACUACUGCUGGCCGUGUGACUAAGAUGACAAAAGAUGUAACUGAAAAAGUCACUGAGACAACGGAUUCCAUCACUGAAAAAGCUAAAGGUUCUGUCUCUGGUGUUUUAGGCACCGCUAAAAACGCUACCGAUAUCAUCAAGAACAAGAUCCUUGGUGGUGAUUAGUUACAAUCUACCCUUAUAUAUUUGAUAUUAUUUAUGUACGUCUCAAUAAAGUAAUAUAUUCAGAAAAUUUUAAGUUUUGAUUUGGUAAUUAUAUGAAUUCAUGAUAUAUCAGAUUAAAUUAUAAAUCUACAUGAAAAUUGGAAUU